UCUAUAAUUCUUGUUUUUGUAGCAAAAUGGUCCAGAGGCUCACCUUCCGUCGUCGGCUCUCUUACAACACACUUUCCAACAGGAGGAGAAUAACCAAGACUCCUGGUGGAAAAUUGGUGUACCUUUACAAGAAGAAACUUGGCAGCAUCUCAAAAUGUGGUGACUGCAAAGUGAAACUUCACGGUAUCACCCCUGCCCGCCCAAGGGAAUUGUCUGCCAUGUCCAAGAGACUGAAACACGUUACCCGGACAUAUGGAGGAUCUCGAUGCCACAAGUGUGUCAGAAACAGGAUUGUCCGUGCCUUUUUAAUUGAGGAACAGAAGAUCGUUGUCCGGGUGUUGAAGGCGCAGAUGGCUGCAGAGAAGAGUAAAUAAAUGUACAGUUGUAAUUGAAAAAAAAGACAAAAAUCUUA